CAACGCGACAUGUUGGCUCUUUCGCUGUAGCUUAGCGCUUCAAGUUUGUGUCUCUCUGUUUGUGUUUGUUUAUCACUCGGUUCAUUCGUUAUGAUCGUCUCUUUUUUUUGACUUUGUUAUCUUGUCAGUAGACCUGUGUGAGUUACGAUGAAUUCAAGUGAAGUUCGAGUAUUGUACUUAUGUAUGAACGUACACCUAUGUACACGAGUAUAUGAACAUGUAGCGCGGCAUCACCGAUUUUAAUUGCGAAUUACUAAAAAGUACCGACAAAAAAAUUAUAAGUUUAUUGUGAGCGCGAUUGUUGUUGCUAACGUUGCUAAGCUGCUUUAAAAAGUGAAUUACGGAAGCACUGCAAUAGUACAUAAAUGUACAUAGUGUGGAUACUUAUACGUACACACGUAUGUAUGUACGUCCAUUUUUAUGUGUGCAAGUAUUACAAUACAUGUGUUUAAUGACAAAGAAAAUAAAGCGUUGUGAAGAAUAUAGAAAAAACGCGAGCACGACGAGAUCCAAUAAACCGGUUUCCUUUGGAUUUCGGCUUGUUUUAUGGUUUGUGUGGGAAUUUGACCGCAAGCAAAGCUUUACAACUCCAUCAUCAAACAUACAAAAACACCAGCGAACGACAAAAUGAGAAAGCAGUGGGAAAGAAAUGACCAAAAAGAAUAAACUUCGACCGGGAUAAUAAAAACAAAAGUAGAUCCAGAACUGUACAAACACACCUACUCGUUCAUAUGUACUUAAAGGUAUCUAAGUAACGAUCACAAAAGUGCGCUCUCACCAAACUUACCAAUUGUGUGUUUUGGCCCGUAUUGCCGCAAUUUCGGUGCAAGUCACUUUGCCGCCAACACGUUAAGUCGGUGCCGCUGCCAAUGUUUGUCGGCAAAUAUUCAUUAUAACAGCGCCAUUCAGCAUGUAUGAGAACCAAAGCACUUUCAAGUUGUUUGUGUGAAUGUUAGUGAAUAAAGGUAAUUAAACAAUAUGCAUGACGUUUACUUCCUGUGAUGAUUUUGAAAAUAGUGAAGUGUUACAAGCUCUUCUGAUCAGCGAAAGUUGAUGCAAAUGGAGCGCAUGCGGAGAAUCAACUCAAAGCCACUCAAAGCAAAAAUUAGCAAUCGAACAGUUUUUAUAAUGCCAGCAUAAAUACGGGCGAAAAUGGAUUGUGUACAUUGGUAAUUCGAACGGGGAGGAAAAAAGAUUCAUCAGACGAAAUCAGCAGUGGAUCUUAUCAGAGCAAGCGGGACUCAAUGCAAGUCAACAUUUUAAAUGGUGUAAACUACUUUCCACUACCCUAUCUCCUAUUCUCCUUAAUCUUUGAGAAUUAUUUGUAUUUUGCUGCUUCCUUACGAAAAAAUGUCAGAAAUAGUUAGAAAUGAUGUCAGCACCGAAUCACUUUGCACCGUAAUAGAAAAUUUCCGCGAAAACAGUAGCACCAACCCUAAACACAACCUCAGUAGUAGCCUCAUCCAAAGUUCUGAUGAUCAAAAUAAUGAUUCAGAAAACCCAUAUGUUCCUUCCAAAGAAAAUAGUAUUAAUUUAGCCAACAGUCUUGAAGUGAAAAAAUCAAGUAAAUACGACUGUGACCUGUCGGACAAAUCUCUAUAUGAUACUUGUGAUACUUCCCAAGAUGAAUCGAAUGUUUCAAGAUCAGAAUUGGUUAAGCCAAUCACAAAACUAAAAAAAUCAGUUUCUUUCGAUCCACAAGACGAAAAAGUACGCAAAUUCAUUGCCGGCGAACCCAUUGUUGAUCAGAAGAAUCCAUUUAAACAACAUUAUUCCACUUGGGUGAACUCUGCUAAAAAGAAGAAAACACCGCCUCCGGUUCCAACCAAACGAUCGACAUUAAGUGUACGAAAAACUGUUACACAACAACUACGGGAAAGAGAGCGCGAAAAAGAAAAAGAAAGAGAACGACUAAAAAACGAAACGAAUAAUCGAAAGUCAAGCGCUGGCGUCAAUCCAGCCUUGCCAUCUCCCGACGAAUUUGUCACUACUGAAGAAGUCCUCAACCAAUCUAAAUAUGUCAAAACAUACAUAAAAAAUCCCGAUCCAUAUUUCGUUUAUGAUCCUACAAUACUUGCUCGCCUUAAAUUCGAGGAGUUACGUGACCUUGCGGACAAGAAACCCCCCAAAAAACUACGUUUGGCGAAUCAAACCAGGGAUCGAAUCAAAGAUUUAAAAAACAAGCCGUCAGCAGAAACAUCACUUUCAUAUUCAAAACUUCCAUUUAAGAAAUGUUCAAAGCCAAAUUAUCCGGAUCUCUCUGAAAUCAAGAUAAAAGUCGGCACCGACUUAGAUGGUAAUUUCUUUAACCCAGCCGAAGUUUCUAAAAACGCAAAAAAAUUUGAUGACAGAGUGAAAAAACUCCAUAUAAGCUCUGACGAUGAUUUGGAUGAGAUAGAUUGUCCCUUAACUAAAAGCGAAUCAAGUGACGAAGUGACCCCCAACUUAGUUAAUAAAGAAAUAAGUAGUAAAGCCGGAGGCAAAGAGGCCAACGCUAAAAUUAUGAAUAAUGAAAAUAAAUUUGAGCAGCCAGUUGAAGGCACAUUUACCAAUACAAUUAAAUCAAAAGAAUUCCAGGACUACCUUGAGAAAAAAGGUCUUACUUUGAUACCUAAAAAAAUUCCAAAUGGCGCACGAUCCGUGUACGCAAAUGGCAUAGAAGUAGCUAAAUCAAAUCCUCGUAUAUCUUUUAAAAGUCCCGAAAGUGUACAGAUCUCAGUAGAUACUACAGAUUCUGCGCGGAAUAUUAAAAAACCCUCAGUAUUUCAACGCCUACUCUCGAAUAGCAUAUUUGCUACCAGGCGUAAAACAACUCCCAAAGAUAUCGUUCCUGCCCCCAGGUCACUAUACAACUAUAAUAUGCAUGUCAAAGAAAAUAAUGAUAAUUUGCAUUCGUCCAUGAAGCGAGUGGUUCUAGAGAGACAAAGCUUUCACGGACGACCGCAUGCGAAUAAUUUGUUAAGUUCUGCAGAAACCGAUUAUCUGAAGCACCAAGACGAACGUUCACGGAAGAGUUUCGCAAGCGGUGAUAACCUUUCACUCUCAUUAUCUAGUGUCUUGACCAACGCUGAACUCGCAAAUUCCGCUGAACGAAUCUUAAAGCCCACAAGACGAACACAUUCCCGCGAGAAACUGGGCAAUCCUCAACAAGCGAAACAAUCACAGCAAAAUAACAUCAUAUUAAAACCAAAAGCACAGCGAAUCCAGGCAUCAAAUAGUGCAACACAUCUCACAGCAAAGGAGGUUGAUGUUGAAUCAGAUGGAACGCUUAAACGAAGUGCUGCUGAACGCCAGAGUCUCAUACCGAAACGAACAACCCACACAUUGGACCGAAGACAGGUCUUCGGUCGCUCCACUUCUAUGGACCGUAACGAAAUAUUAAAAAAGAAGCUCCUGCGAGAGCUUCAAAACCGCUCAAAAAGUGACAACGAAGCGUCGAAAAUGUCAACACCCCUAACAUCCAAGGAAAAUAUACGUGAACAAUUUUCUACCUUAAAUGGACCCAAGUUGACUUCAACUCCUAUCAGAAAUGCAAAUAGUGAUCCUGAAAAUAAAACUUUUGUUCAAAACGUGAAGCCCUCAAAUAAAGUAUAUGUCGACCAACAAGAAUGGGAACGAUUGAAGGCAAUGAAGGAGCGCAUGGAUAAAGAGUUAUACUUCCGAAUGUUGCAAGAACAAAAACAACAGCGGGAGGCAGAAAAUAUUUACGAACGUCUCCAACCAACCCAACAAAUAUUUAUGGCCCAAUCCUCUAAUGUAUCACCACAACCAAGACCAUUAGAGAAUAAUUUCAUACGAGGUUCACCUCAAAGAAACACCUUUUCGGGUUUAACAAAGAAUCGUCAAGCUAAGAUUAUUGAUGGUAGAGCAUUGAUUCCUGCCGAAUAUCCUUUAACAAUGCAGUCCAUUUCCAACAUUAACCAUGCACAUUUCGAAUCAGCUCCUCGUAGUCAAAGUGUCUUGGACAAUAUGACUUUAGCAUCCAGGCACAGUAAGAGUAACAGACGAGACUACGAAAGUGAUGUUGGUACGCCAGUGGUUCUCCGACGAAAAGAUAAUAAUCCAUCCGAACAGUUUGAACAUACAGAACAGCGCCGCAUCGGGGGCAUACUAACUCGAGACGAGAUAUUGCAAAAAGUCAAAGAAUUCUGCAGGAAAUCACUAAAUAAAACGCCAACUAUUCAACAACCACAAAUACAAGAGAUAAACAAGAAGCACAUAGGUCCAUCCGACUUGUCUCCGGUUUCUUAUGCUUCCGUCGAAACAAAUCAGCGUCCUGCAUCGCGGAUGUAUGCAGCUCCACAAGUUCCACAACGCCUGCAGAGCUUACCUCAACAAUUCAUUCCCAUAAAUGCCACCCAAAUAAUAAGUGAAAUAAAUCCGAACACAUCGUCGCCAAUAUACGCACAUGUGGUGAAAAGAAGCAGUUUACUUUCGAAUCACUCUGAAAUUUACGAUAGUCCACAAAAAACGAACUUAGUGCGACGAGACGCAGAAGCUCCAGCAAUGUACGUUACCCGCGGAAGUUUGCCGGCUCCCCAAUAUGUGCUUGUUGAGGGUGAUAAAUUGGUCCCUGCAACGCAAGUGAUUAGCUAUUACCCGGGGCAGAAUGACAUCUAUACACAGCCACACUAUGUGCGACCAUACAAGUUGCAACCAGUUCCGGGUGCUUAUGGCUAUAUAAGCGUCCGUGAACCUCAACCGAGACAACAGUUGCUGCCUAGGCUGCACGAUGGGCGAAGUACUCCUUUGAUACUUGAUCAUUCAAGUCAACAGACGAGUCAAAUAUAUUGGGCGCAACAUAAUCAACGGUUGCUACAACAUGACGGGCUCCUGCCGGUUGAAAUCAGCAGUCCCCGCUAUACGCUCAAGCAAUUACAUCCUGUGCCCGCACCUAGAAUGGAAAUAUCGAAUCGUGCCAAUAUGAAAACGGUGCUCAACACGACUAACAUUCAAAAUCAAAAGUCAGCAACAAUUGAACGUGGCUGCACACCGACCAAUAGGCAGCAUCAGAUGCUGAUUUCAUCCGCCGAAUCGGGUGGUUUUAACAAUCAACAUCCUUACGAAUGGGAGAGUGGCUCGGAAGCGGGCGAGGUCCAACGCAUAUUGGAAAAUCCAAGAAAUAGUGACUGAAAUAAUUUCGACAACAUGAAUAAAUCAGCAGAGGGCA